AAAGAGAAGCAGAAACACACUUUCCCAUCCUAUUCAAAUUCAAACAUGUUUUUGGUGUCUUCUUAUAUUAGACUACCCAAACUCGUUCACCACUUACAAUUGAAAAAUCUUUUUCUUUCCCAAGGCAGUUUCAUGUUGAAGAUUUUACUUUCACUUCCAUAAGCCCAACUCAUUUCUUUAGAAAAAUCAGCUAGCCAAAAUCCCAAUUAAACACAAUCACUUCUCUCGCUAUCUCUCAACGAUGAUUAGUAAGAAAUCUGCAUCUGCAAUUCCCCGACAAUCCUCAUACAAUUCCCUCCACGACAAUCCAUUCAAUGAACGACGACACAACCGUAGCAACAGCGAAGGUGGGAACUACUUAAGAAACUCCAACGACGACGACAACAACAAGUACUUGAAGGAAAACCCAUUAGUUUUAAACGACAACAAGGAGAAUGCGGUGCCCAAAAAGCAAGAAAAAGCUUUCCCAAGCGACGACAAAGAAAAUGUGGCAGCAAUUGCAAAUGGGUCUGCUUCUUUUGCUCCUCCCACCAAUCUGAAAUCAUCGCUUUCCACAGCCAGUUGUAACAAGGCCUUGAAGCCGUCCUCGCUUCAGUUCUGCAUGCAAGUAAACGAGCCUGAUAAGGUCUUUGGUGGGUCCAAGAUAUUGGACCCCACCGACUCUGAGAACUCGACUUCGCUUAAGAUCUGGGACUAUUCGGAUUCUGAGGCUGCUCCUGCUUCAUCUUGGUCUACUUUGCCCAAUAAGUCUUUAUUGUGCAGACCAUUGCCUUUGGAUAUUGGAAAGUGCACUUGUGUUAUUGUUAAGGAAGCGUCUUCAGAAGGAUUUGAUGGUGUUACUUUGUAUUCUCUCUACACCAAUGAAGGACGGGGACGGCAGGAUAGAAAACUGGCUGUUGCUAACUAUAAACGCCGCAAUGGAAGAUCUGAGUUUACCGUUGCUCAGACUAUGCAGGGAAUAUCAUCUACUUCAGAUGAUAGCUUUCUUGGGACUGUUACUGCUAGCUUGAUGGGUUCAAAAUACCACAUAUGGGAUCAGGGUAGUGAUCUCAAUACUCUGAACAAACAGUCCAAAUCACUACUCGGUGUCGUAGCUUUUAUCCCUACAAUUACCACCUGGACAGGAAGUUAUAGGAGCAUGAGGGCAUAUAUAGCGAAGCACCAAUCUAUGCAGCUAAAGAAUUCUACUCAGGUACAACACGUUAAGGGACUGCCAAAUGAUUGGGAGGGGAAAAAGGAAAAAGUCCAUCAGUUAUUCUCAAGGAUUCCGCAGUACAAUAAACUUUCGAGGCAAUAUGAGUUAGACUUCAGAGACAAGGGAAGAGCUGGUCUUAGAAUCCAAAGCUCAGUGAAGAAUUUCCAGCUUACUUUGGAGGAGAGUGGAAAACAGACAAUUCUGCAGCUUGGAAGAGUUGGGAAAUCAAAAUAUGUAAUGGAUUACAGAUAUCCUUUGACAGGCUACCAAGCAUUUUGCAUAUGUCUGGCUUCUAUUGAUUCAAAGCUUUGUUGCAGUUUGUAAUUUUUUACUUUGUCUUGUUGUUCAACCUCUGAACACAAGCUACUUAGUUGUUUGUACUCUAUUUUGUUUUCUGGUCUCAUCUUUCUCUGUGUUGAAUUUGCCCAUCUAAAAAAAAAAAAAAAAGUUAGAGCCAUCAUUUUAAUGAACCUGAAAAAGCAGUAUAAAAAUUGAGUUGAAGUGUUGAACAUAGUUUGCAAGGCAUACAAGUUUCAUUGCACAAAUGUAAUGUAAUCACUCUCUU